AUGACCCAAGGAAAAUUUAUUGUAUUCGAAGGAUUGGAUAGAUCUGGAAAGACAACCAUAGUUGAUAGCUUAUAUGAUAGCCUUUCUUCCAUGGGGGAUGUUCGAAAGAUGAGGUUUCCUAAUAGAAGCGGCAAUAUAGGAAAAGUCAUAGAUGCAUACCUACGGAAAGAAAUCAAUCUGGAAAACGAAACCAUUCACCUGCUGUUCAGUGGAGAUAGAUAUGAACAAAAAAGUACAAUCGAGGAGCUUAGGAAGAGCUCUAUACUUCUCUGCGAUCGCUAUUCCCUAAGCGGGGCAUCUUAUUCUGUAGCCAAGGGCUUAGAUCUCGACUGGUGCGUUAUGGUUGAUUCUGGACUUCCCAAGCCUGACAUGACUAUUUUCAUAGAUAUCCCUCUAGAUGAAAUAUCUCGAAGAAAAGGAUUUGGAAACGAAGUUCACGACCACCUUCCAUUUUUAGAGAAAGUUCUUUCUGCAUACAAGGUCCUUCUUAAAAGAGAAAAAAAUGUCCUUAUUGUCGAUGGAACUUUUCCUAUCUCCUCCAUUGUUGAAAUUGUGAAAAGAAAAAUACUUGAAUAG